UUUUAAUUUUUUACCAAACGAUUACAAUUAUUAUGAAACGGGUUUUCUGGGCUUAAAAGCCCGGUCUACGGCUAUAGGAAGCCCAGCCAUACACCACCUAAAUUUAAUCAGUGACAUAAUAUAUAUGUAUAUAUUUCCUCCACGAACAAUUUGUUUACAUGAUAAGCAACAGUGCCACCAACAGAGUCGAAUCCUUGUAAAAGGUGCUCAUGAUCGCGUCUCAUGAACAUUGCUCUCAGACCCAACUCAUUCCUUCGCCUUUCAAUCCCUUUCCCUCCAGUCUCACCCCAAAAUCUGAAAUGGGUCUCCACUGCAGCAACCAAAACUCCUCCACAAGUUCCUCCACGCCCAGAAGACCACCUUCGUGCGUUCUUCAAUACUGGAAAGGAUAAAACACCACUCGAUCAAGAGCUUGCACUCGUCUCGGCAUUGAAGUCUUGUUCAUCCCUUUUGGCUAUCUCUCAAGGCCAGCAAAUCCACAGUUUUGUCUUUAAAUCCGGCCGUGACUCGAACAUUUUCAUCCAGAAUAGUUUGAUUAACAUCUAUGCGAAAUGUGGGUUCAUGGACGAUGCUGAAUCGAUGCUUGACUCCUCGUCUGUGUUAGAUUCUGUGUCUUAUAAUAUUAUGAUUGCUGGGUAUGUGAAAUGUCGCCGGUUGGACCAUGCACGUAGACUGUUUGAUGAAAUGCCCCUGAAAGGGUGCGUUUCGUAUACUACUAUGAUAAUGGGUUUGGCCCAAAAUGGUUGUUGGCAUGAAGCAAUUGAGGUUUUUAAGGAUAUGUGGUUCGCAGGUGUGACUCCGAAUGCGGUGACUAUGUCAAGCGUAAUCUCAGCGUACUCGCAUUUAGGUGGCAUUUGGAACUGUCGAUUGCUUCACGCGUUGGUGUAUAAAAUUGGGCUUGAAAUGCUUAUUCUUGUUGCAACUAAUUUGGUUCGCAUGUAUUGUGUUUGUUCAAGUGUCCUGGAGGCCAGAAUUUUAUUUGAUGAGAUGCCUGAAAAGAAUACAGUUUCCUGGAAUGUAAUGUUAAAUGGGUAUUCAAAAGCCGGACUUAUUGAUUUGGCUAGAGAUUUGUUUGAGAGGAUUCCCGUAAGAGAUGUGAUUUCAUGGGGUACUAUGAUCGACGGCUUUGUGCAAGUAGGAAGGUUGAGUGAAGCUUUAAACAUGUAUCGGGCAAUGCUAUGCACCGGAUUGAGUCCCAAUGAUGUUCUGAUUGUGGAUAUACUGUCCGCUUGUGGACAAUCAACAGCCUUCAGUGAGGGCCAGCAAAUUCACAGUACAAUCAUAAAGACAGGCCUCAAUUGUUAUGACUUCAUGCAAGCAACAAUUAUCCAUUUUUAUGCCGCUUGCCGCCAAGUCAACCUUGCUCGUUUGCAAUUUGAGCUAGGCAGCAAGGACCAUCUGUCAUCUUGGAAUGCCCUCAUUGCCGGAUUCAUAAGAAAUGGAAUGAUUGACCAUGCAAGACAAUUAUUUAAUGAGAUGCCUGAAAGAGAUGUUUUUUCAUGGAGUUCAAUGAUAUCUGGUUACUCACAGAGUGAGCAGCCUAAUAUGGCUGUAGUACUCUUUCAUGAAAUGGUUGCAAGUGGUAUCAAACCAAAUGAAAUUACAAUGGUAAGUGUCCUUUCUGCAAUUGCUACUUCGGGUACAUUGGAAGAGGGAAGGCGUGCCCAUGAAUACAUAUUCCACAACUCUAUCCCUCCUAAUGACAAUUUAAGCGCAGCAAUCAUUGACAUGUAUGCCAAAUGUGGGAGCAUCAAAACUGCCUUGGAAGUCUUCCAUCAGAUCCGAAACAAGACCUCCUCUGUCUCGCCAUGGAAUGCGAUUAUUUGUGGGCUGGCCAUGCAUGGGGACGCAGAGUUGUCUCUUAAAAUAUUCUGUGACUUGCAGAGCCGUAAAAUUGAACUCAAUUCGAUUACAUUUAUCGGAGUCUUGAGUGCGUGCUGCCAUGCUGGAUUGGUGAAAGCAGGAGAGGGACAUUUUAAGAGCAUGAAGAGUGUGUAUGGCGUAGAUCCAAAUAUCAAGCAUUAUGGUUGUAUGGUGGAUCUUUUGGGCAGAGCCGGGAGAUUAGAAGAAGCAGAGGAGCUAAUAAAUAGCAUGCCUAUGAGAGCAGAUGUUGUGAUAUGGGGCACAUUGUUGGCGGCAUGUAGAACGCAUGGGAACUUGGAAAUAGGGGAAAGGGCAGCCGAGAGCUUGGCAAGGGUGGAAGCAUCUCAUGGGGGAGGUAGAGUUCUUCUAUCCAACAUUUAUGCAGAUGCAGGGAGGUGGGACGAUGCAUUUUUGGUAAGACGGGCAAUGCAAAGCCAGAGAGUGAUGAAGUGCCCCGGGUACAGUGGUGUCGUGUGAUGUUGUAACGAGGUUCUAGUACAUUGUCAAGAACUUCACCUCAACUUGGGCACACGAAUGACUGUUCUUUUCGGAAAAAUGAUUUUUGUUAAAUGGAUCCAGUGUCACCAUGCAGACUGACAAGUCUGAGGAUGCAUAUUUGACUCUGAAAGCAGUAGCAAACAGAUCUGUCUUCUAUCUCUCCCUCCCAACACAAUACAAACUUGUGUUUUGAUAUGUGCAUUGUAUCAAUGCUUUAAAAUUUUUAGCAAAAUUACCGAAUAUGUUGACAUUUAUUUUAAUCCAACAUGAAAUUUCAGCAACUCCUGGUA